CAUCAACGAAGGCAUCAACACAGCUACUGCUGCACCUAGCUUUAACUAGACUCCCCUUUAGCGGCUGUCUCUUUUAGCGGCUAUCUAAGUUCUAGCCAUAGUGUCUGGACACUGGGCUUUGGGCCAGUGUAGGAUUUAUAUCAACGGAGCCAGAAGAAAUUCCGCUUAGGUCUCUCGCACCCUCGACGUUGAGUGGUGUGGCUCUUCAGGCAUUUGCAAUGAAAUUCAGUUCGGCAUUAAAGUUCAAUGCUGUCGCAGAUUGGUGGGAGGAAUACAUCGCCUAUGAUGUACUCAAGCGGUACAUUUAUCAGCUGGAGAAGCGACAGCAACGGCCAGAUGGUAUAGAACCGCCUUAUAGUGACUUGGAGGCCAAUGAACAGACAACCCUUGUCGAUCACAGUGAUACGCCUGGCGCGGACAGCCUCUUUAAGCCACUACUCGACAAAGAGCUGCAGAAGAUUGUGAGGUUUUACGAAGCGCAGGAACAAGAGCUGUUGAAUGAACUCGCGCUGUUGGAGCAAUCUAUCACGCAGCAAGACGAGGCUGGGCUUGAGGCAGGGCUCGACUAUAUGGAUGAAGAUGAAGAAGACGAAGAAGAAGACGAGGAAGAUGAAUACAACAUGUUAUCCCGAUCUGAAGACUAUGGCAAAAGGUCCCGACGCAGGCGCCACAAAUCCACCUCCGUCGGUUAUGGAACGCGUUUUGCAACAGGUUCCAUUCGCGAGGAAUCCACAAAUCGCCGCUUUAGCGUCUCUUCUAGCGAGGCGGGAGAUCUAGAUGCAAGCGUCUUAUCCGUUGCCCCGCGCCCACGGUCGGCCUCGCGGGCUGUAUCUGGUUCGCGUCAUGCAAACAGCAGCAUGUCGCCGACGGGGAGAGCUCGUAGCCUGGGUGGCCGGCUGAGGACUGUGAAGGACAUAACAUCUACUGGAGACACCAUCUGGACCGCAAAGGGCAGCUAUGCCUUGGAUACCCGGCUACUCUUCAAACGAAAAAUUACCAACCUUUACAUCACUUUAUCCUCGCUGAGAUCUUAUGUAGAGGUCAAUUACUCUGGCUUUCGCAAGAUUCUAAAAAAGUAUGACAAAGUCGUGUAUGGCGAGCUCAAAGACCGUUACAUGCACGAAGUUGUAGAGACAUCUGCACCCUUUACAGAAGAGUCGAAAGCCAAAAUGUCAGAUACCAUCGCCCGACUCACCGAGCUCUAUACCAAAUGCGUGACAAAUGGAGACAAGUCAACAGCACAGCAGCAGCUGAAACUAUACCAGCGCGAACACAUCGCAUGGGAGCGGAAUACAGUCUGGCGUCAAAUGAUCGGGCAACAGCGACACGGUACUAUGAACGGAUUAGGUGCUCUCAUGGGCGCUACGCUGGUGCAACAGGAAGAAAGCAGCCUUAUUAAUGUCUCGACUCCUCUCGGAAGUCUGAAAUUGACAAAGAAGAGGGUAUCACUCACUGUUGCGCUAGUAGUUUUCCUCGCUUUGCUGAAGGUGGACAUCGUUGCUGGUGAAGAGGCCAAUAAGUGUUUUGCCAUACUUGCAUUCAGCACCAUAUUGUGGGCAACAGAGGCGAUACCGUUGUUCGUGACAUCGCUUUGCGUCCCCUUCCUGUUGGUAUGCUUACGGGUUAUACGUGAUGACAAUGACACUGCCUUGUCUACGCCUGAUGCAACAAAGUAUAUAUUCUCUGUUAUGUUCUCGCCCACAAUCAUGCUUCUGAUCGGAGGAUUCACAAUUUCAUCGGCCUUGAGCAAAACCAACAUAGAUCGGAUUUUAAUCACGAGAGUCCUGAGCUUGGCGGGUUCAAAACCUAGUUCCGUGCUUCUUGCCUUUAUGGGUGUCUCCUGUUUUGCGAGCAUGUGGAUCAGUAAUGUUGCAGCUCCAACAUUGUGCUUCACUCUCAUCCGACCGAUCCUGAGAACGCUGCCCCCUGGUUCGGCUUUUGCGCCAGCACUAAUACUCGCCAUCGCCUUGGCCGCCAACAUAGGUGGUCAGAGCUCCCCAAUAUCGUCUCCACAGAAUCUCAUUGCCCUCGCGGCGAUGGAUCCCAAACUCGAUUGGGCGAGUUGGUUUGCUGUGGCACUUCCGGUGUCCAUAAUCUCUAUCUUGCUCAUCUGGCUGCUAUUGCUUGUGAUGUACCGCCCUGCUCGUUCGCCUGACGGGGAAGGAGAGAUUGAGAUACGGACUAUUCGCCCAACAAGGGAAUCCUUCACCCUCAAGCAGUAUUGGGUUACGUUCGUCUGCUUAUUCACGAUUACUCUCUGGUGUUUUGAGCACAAAAUCGAGGGUCUUGUGGGAGAUAUGGGUGUUAUUGCUAUCAUCCCGAUCGUCGCCUUUUUUGCCACUGGUGUGCUGAAAAAGGACGACUUUGAACAAUUCGCUUGGACAAUUGUUUUCCUCGCAAUGGGUGGAAUUGCUCUUGGCAAAGGUGUUACUUCUAGUGGUUUGAUGGUGACUAUGGAUAAGAUGAUCCAUCGCCUGCUCGAGGGUCUCUCCUUGUACACUGUCGUUCUUGUCCUCUCGCCAGUCGUUUUGAUUGUAUCGACAUUUAUCAGUCAUACGAUUGCAAGCGUGCUACUGGUUCCCAUCGCGAAAGAGGUUGGAGAAAGCCUACCCGGCGACCAUGCAAAUCUGCUCAUUUUCAUGACUGGUCUUCUUUGCUCUGUUGGAAUGGGUAUGCCUGUUUCUGGGUUUCCUAAUCAAACUGCCGCUGCUCAAGAGGACGAGCUUGGACGCCUUUAUCUCACUAAUAUGGACUUCUUGAAGAAUGGUGUGCCCGCCAGUAUUGUCGCCACCCUGGUCGUCGCUACCGUUGGGUUCGUUCUCAUGAUAGCCAUAGGACUCUGAUUAGUCCUUGGACCAUCACCACGCACAUGCACGGAGUUCAGGCAAUAAAAUAAACUGGGGUUCCUGAUCGAGAUACCCUGCGUGCAUCAUACCUUGCUGUAUGAUUUACAGCUGCGGAAUACUGAUAGAAUUUUCAAUGUCACGUCUUCCUGUAGAUUUCACUUCCAGUUCGACUGAUAUUCUGACGAACAAUAAUAUUGCAUGUCAGGCGAAUGACAAG